GGUGAAAAUGGAGAUCCUAAAGCCUUUCUCGUAGAAGUUUCUUGGCCAGAAACAUAUCCACAGACAGCACCAGUCAUAUCGAUGGAUGCUUUCUUCAACAACACAAUAUCUUCAGCUGUUAAACAAAGCAUAUUGGAUAAGUUAAUGGUAGAAGUUGAAGCGAAUCUUGGAACUGCUAUGACAUACACACUUUUUGAAUAUGCCAAAGAUAAUAAAGAAUUGUUCAUGGAAAAUCAGCCUGUUAACACUGUGACUUCAGUAAGCAAUAGUAUUGCAAUUGGAACUCCUGAUGUGCCAGCCAGUAAGAAAAAAGAAAAAAAGGAGCAGUUGUCCAAAACUCAGAAACGAAAACUAGCUGAUAAAACAGAUAACAAAGGAGAGCUUCCGCGAGGAUGGAACUGGGUGGACGUAAUUAAGCAUUUAAGCAAAACUGGUUCUAAAGAUGAUGAAUAAAGGACUUUGGUACAAGGAAACUCCACCUUUUAAUACAGUGCAAUUUUGGGUCACCAUCUUUCUCUUAAUAACUUUCGUAUUUGUUGAAGUAAACAUUUUAUAAAGCUCAAUUUCCUAACUUGCAAACCUAGUCACACAAGUUUGUGUUGGUCAUCUUUGGGAAAAAAACCAAACAAACUUGCCUUAAAUGGAGGUUAGAAUGUGACAGAGGAUAUAGAGAGCCAAUGUGAUGAAGUGAAUAGUGCUAUAUGCAGUGUUUAUUAAUUUAUAUUUUACUCUGUAGUAAAAUCCUGUUAUAGUGAACCCAAUGAUAUUGUAAACAUUUCCUGAUGUUCGUAUUCCAGUUGAAGAAAAAAGCACUAUAACAGUGAUUGGUCACUUGACAGCAUAAUUCAUCAAAAUAAAUUAUUCCAUGGAAACAAGACCUUUGUCAUUUGUUUAUCUAAUAUGAAUGUAGAAUGAAAAGAUAAAAAUUGUUACAUUGCAAUCCAGACUAGAGUUUGUGGUCCCAUUUUCAGUAGUUACUGGCUGAAAUAGCAAAUGCUAGCAAAAGCAAGGUCAGGUAUUCUAGUCUGAUCCAAAAUGAGUGGUUACAGCAGGAGUAUGUCAUCUUUAUUCUCUGCAGUGUCUGUCAGUCUUUCUCCAGUGUGCAUCUUUACAGA